GAGUGGCAGAUGAAGAAGACGGUGUGUGGUCUGUCCACCGGCGAUGAAACGGCUCCCUGAAAAGGAGUUUUAACGCGGUUUAGAACACGGAAGGAGAAACGAGUUCUCAAUUUUACAAUUCAUCUUUUUCCUAAACAAGAAAUUAACACUGGUAACUACUCUGCUCUCCCUCCUCAAGAUCGGGUCUAGGGUUGGCUGCUCAAUUUCUUUCUCUCUCUCAAUCAAUCACCUUUAUCCCACUUCAAAUCUCUCCAAUUUCCUCUACGUUUCUCCAGGCUUCAAUUAUCGCCAACGUUUAAUCCGGCUUCUUCUUCUUCUUCGGCGUUGUUGCGUAUUGAUCCGCGAGGGUUUUGAUCAACUCGACUAAAAAAUUGCAGAUGCCGGACGACGAUUUGGUAGAGCUCAAGUUCCGAUUGUACGAUGGCACCGACAUCGGGCCUUUUCGAUACUCACCUGCUUCAACUGUAGCCAUGCUCAAGGAGAGGAUUGUUUCAGAGUGGCCUAAAGAUAAAAAGAUUGCACCAAAGGCAGCAAAUGACGUCAAAUUGAUUAAUGCUGGAAGAAUCCUGGAGAAUAGUAAAACUGUUGCCCAGUGCAGGAUUCCCUUUGGUGAGCUUCCAAUUGGUGUCAUCACAAUGCAUGUUGUCGUACAACCAUCCUUAGUAAAAGCAAAAACAGAAAAAAAGGUUGACGAGGUUCCAAGGAAAAAUGCAUGUGGGUGUUACAUACUCUAAGAAGAAGAACCUUGAUUGGAAAUCGUUUUUAGCGGUUGUGUGUUUAGUAGACGAGACGAACAUCUAGUCUGUGCGUUUAAAAAAAGGUCGAUAAACAGUACUACCACUAAUAGAUCAUGAUUUUGUCUUGUCAAAAGUGCAUUUUCCGUUGGAAAUGUGUUUAUUUCUACUAGCAUGUAUUGACAUACACUCAUUAUUGUUGGUUACGUCGUGAUUGUAUUGUUGUGUUCAUUGUAUUCA